AAAUGUUGCGCCCUAUUAGAAAGUAGGUCUAAGGGAAAGGAAUCGGAUCACACUACAAUGUUUUGGUUUUUUGUAAGUGCUGUUUUACUUUUAUUUGCAUUGAAAUACCGUUAUCCUUACUUUAUCAAAGAGGCAAACUACAUCUAUCGAUUGGCAUUAGUUGGAUAUCGUAUGACAAAAUACAUCAAAUCCAAACCUUUCUAUACCUUAGUGGAUCGAUUUCUGGAUUCGGUUCAGAAGAACCCACACAAAGCGUUCAUUCGGUUUCAGGAUAAAACAUACUCGUAUGAGCAGUCGGAUAAACAGAGUAAUAAAAUCGCGAGGACUUUUUUAAAACACGCAGAUCUUCAUGAAGGAGAUACAGUUGCGCUGCUGUUUGGAAAUGAGCCCAUGUUCUUAUGGAUAUGGUUGGCUUUGGCCAAGAUCGGAUGUUCUACUGCUCUUCUCAAUCAUAACAUCCGGUCCAAAUCACUGCUGCACUGUUUCACCUGCUGUGGGGCCAAUGUGUUGAUAGCUGCUGCAGAACUGCAGGAUGCUGUUGAGGAGGUGCUGCCCGCACUGAGAGAGCAGGGGAUCUCUGUCUAUAUACUGACUGAUCAUGUGACCUCCGAGGGAAUGAAAAGUCUUACAGACAAGAUCAAGCUGGCCUCAGAUGAGCCUGUUCCUGCAGACCUGAGGGCCAAUAUUAACUUCAACAGCCCAGCGGUGUACAUCUAUACGUCAGGCACGACAGGUCUUCCAAAGGCAGCAGUGAUCACUCAUCGGAGGUUGUGGGCCAUAGCCUUCUUCCAGUUCAUUUGUGGUGUGAAGUCUGAUGAUGUGGUGUACGUCUGCCUUCCCUUGUAUCACAGUGCUGGCUUUGGCGUUGGGUUUGGAGGUGCUAUUGAAAGAGGAGCCACUGUUGUCCUGAAGAGCAAAUUUUCUUCCUCCCAGUUCUGGGAUGACUGCAGAAAGUAUAAUAUCACUGUGAUACAGUAUAUUGGAGAAACAAUACGCUACCUCUGCAAUACACCAAAGCGUGUUAGUGACCAUGUACACAAUGUUAGAAUGGCCAUUGGGAAUGGGAUCAGGCCAGAGGUCUGGAGGACGUUCAUAAGCAGAUUCGGUCAUGUUGACAUCAAAGAAUUCUACGGCUCAACCGAAGGAAACUUGGGCUUUUUGAACUACGCUGGAAAAAUUGGGGCCGUCGGUAGAGUGAAUUCUUUUCAGAAGAAAGUGUUUCCAUAUUCAUUGGUUAAGUUUGACCAGGAACAAGAGGAACCUGUAAGAAAUGCAAAUGGAUUUUGCGUAGAAGUAGCUAAAGGUGAGACAGGUCUACUAGUAUCACAGAUUACCCAGAAGGCCCAGUUUUCUGGAUAUGCCAGGGAUCCGAAACAGACAGAGAAGAAGAAACUCUACAAUGUGUUUGAGAAGGGAGACAUUUACUUCAACUCUGGAGAUCUGUUCAGGACAGAUCAUGAAAACUUCAUCUACUUCCAGGAUCGGGUGGGCGACACUUUUAGAUGGAAAGGUGAGAACGUUUCCACAAAUGAAGUGUCGGACAUCUUGACUAUGGCGACGAGUAUUGAGGAAGCAAAUGUAUACGGCAUUACAGUUCCAGGGUAUGAAGGGAGGAUAGGAAUGGCUACCAUCACUUUGAAGAAAGACCAUCAGUUUGAGUGCAAUGGCAUUUUUAGUCACGUGACCACUUACCUCCCCUCUUAUGCCAGACCACGUUUCAUAAGGAUCCAGGACAGUUUGGCUGUAACUUGCACCUUCAAACAGCUGAAAGGGAAGUUGGUAGAGGAGGGCUUCAACCCUGCUGCAAUCACCGACCCUCUGUUUAUUUUAGAUGAGACGGUGACAAGCUACAGACCUCUGACACAUGACAUAUAUCAGUCAAUAUUGGACGGUCACUUCAGAUUGUGAAGAGCAGGAUUUGCUCUUUAUGAUAUGUUAUAAAUUAUAUUGAGAGAAAUCAAAUCUUUUAUUUGUUCAGACCCCUAAAUCUACAUUUACACUUAGAGAUCACAAUUAACACAAAAAAUGUUGCAAUUAUAUUGUAGUUUUGUAUGUACAAUGGCAAUGUUAAGACAAAUUAUUUUGCUUAUUUGAAAACUCCUGAAGAAGCUUUCACAUAUGCUUUCAUUUUAUAUCACACUAUUCUGACAAUAUUGUUUAAAAAUAUAAUACAAUUUUAAAAACUACCUCAUUGUCAGUCUGAAAAGUGUCUUUCUAAGAAUUUGAUACUUUCCCCUCUAGUCUGCAGUGAACAAAUAGUUUCGUAAGAGUUUGCUGCUGUAAGAUGAUUGGUUCCCACAGAAACCCUCCUGCACUCAUGUCUCAAAGGCUGAAUUGGAUGAGGGUUGCCAAAUUGUGAGUUUAAAAUACUCCCGCAUGUAUUGCAUUUUGAGUGGAAAGUUGAAUUAGAAAAAAAUAAAUAAUUUGACAAAUGUUUCAGUAUUUUAUACCUGUUGUUUCAACCUUUUUCUAGGUUCCAUUUUAAAUGCAAUUAUCAAUAUUUAUUUGUACAAUAUUUGAUUUAUUUUGUUUGAUUCAUUUGGUUUAUUAUGUGUAUUUAUGUGUAGUAUUUGAACAAACAAUAUUGAAAUUCAUCUAAAUACUCAGAAACUCCAUAAUACCACAGACAAAGUCAUGGUCUUUGAAUAAUUUGAAUAUAAGCACACAUAAUAAGUUUCUAUAAUAUAAUUACCUACUUAAUAUGUAAUUAUUUAGUGGAACUGCGUGAAAUUACGCACUUUUUCAUUGAUACUUAUUUUUUUCAACAAAAACAACAAGAUUUCACUAUGUAAUGUGGGGAGCUAGAUAAGCAAGUGUUUCUUAACUGGGGCCCAGGGCCCACUAUAGAGUACAACAGUUGGUUAACAGAAGUAUUAAUUUUCUCCAUAUAGAAAUUGAUUUUUAACAAUAUGUUAUAAACCUUUUAAGAGGUUGUUAAUCAAUAGCAUUUGCUUCUGUUGAAGCCGUCAGCCCGCAUAAUUUCAACUUUAGUAGUCUUUAACAGCGGAAUUUGUGGUGAAAAACUACAUUACCCAUGAUGCUGUACAGAAAACGCACCAAAAGAGCUCUGCACACCCCCAUCAAGCACUGCAAAUUAAGUCUCUCUAUGCUCUCAAAAUAAUUAAAUAUUUCUAUAUAUAUACAUAUUUUGCAAUGAACAACUUUUUUUUAUAUUUCUCCAUCAUUUUUAAUUUGAUUAUGCUGUUCGCAAUGCUUCAUGGAAUUGUAGUUCUUUUCCUUACUAAAGCUGUUAAGUACUCAGUCUUGUA